GAUGAUGGAGAGAGGCUUUGUUUUUAGUUGGUGGGACGUCUUUGGAAAUUUCAUUUUGGUGACGUUUCCCAUGACGUAUUUGUGUGGUAGUGAGGACGAACAAUUCAAUUUGUAGCUGUCGAAAGACUGAUUCAGAUCGAUCGAAACGAUAAGGCCCACGACCAGAAUUCGGAAUCUCCAGAUACCCAGAUGAAAUUUUGUCUAUCUGCAAUCUUCCUCUUCUUUGUUCUCCAAUCGCUGCCACUUUCCCGCUCCGAAGGCGGUGAAGAUGACGCGCCGUCUACCGUCUGCAUCGUCGGAAGCGGAAUCGGCGGCUCCUCCGUGGCCCACUUCCUCCGUGCUUACUCUGUUUCCGGUGUCCUUGUUGGAGCCCAGAUCCUGAUGUUCGAGCGUCACGGCGUCGUCGGCGGACGCAUGGCCACCGUAACCGUCACCGGCGAUACGUUUGAGGCCGGUGCUUCGAUUCUUCACCCGAAGAACUACCACGCCCGGAACUUCACCGAGAAGUUUAAUCUGAAGAUCCGAUCGCCUUCCUCGUCGUCGGAUGAUUCGUCGGUCGGAAUCUGGAAUGGGAGAGGGUUUAUCUUCAAGACUUUAAGGGCUAGUUUCAAGUCUCCGCUGCUGAACUGGAUCGUCUCGUUGUUAAAUGAUCUUUCUAUUUUCGCGCGUUACGGGUUCUCGCUCUUCAGGAUGAACGAUUUCACUGAGAAUGCUGUGGGUAAUUUCUUGAAGUACUACAAAAAUCCUGAAACAAGACCGAUCUUUGAAACCGUCGAAGAGAUGCUUAAGUGGUCAGGAUUGUACAAUCUGACAAGGCGGACACUCCAGGAGGAACUAUCCGAGGCUCAGCUAUCUCCUUUGUUAGCCAACGAGCUCAUUACUGUCAUUACCAGGAUAAACUAUGGACAGAGUUUACUCAUCAGCGGACUAGCAGGUGCAGUCUCCAUGGCAGGUUCAAGUGGAGGAUUAUGGGCUGUCGAAGGUGGGAACUGGAAGAUGGCUGCCGAGCUGAUCAAUCAUUCUGAUGUUACUUUACACCUAAAUGAGAGAAUUGAAUCGAUUUCAUAUCUCGGUGAAUAUUACGAGCUUAACUCCACCAAAGGGGGCAGCUACAAAUGCGAUGUUGCAGUGGUUGCUACACCAUUGGAUGAAGUGGAUAUUCAAUUCUUACCCUCAAUCUCAAUACCCAAGAGAGAGCUUCAACACACACAUGCAACAUUUGUGAGAGGAAUUUUAAACCCAGGAUAUUUCGGGCUGAAAUCCGUCUUGGACAUACCGAAUCUGGUGGGAACCAUCGAGGACCCUGAAAUCCCGUUCUCCAGCAUCUCAGUCCUCAAGAAACACGGUGACAACGAUACGACCUACAAGAUAUUUUCGCGACAACCCAUGUCCGAAGCCUUGCUGGAUGACCUCUUCAGGAUCAGAGAAGAGACUAUUCGUAUAGACUGGGCCGCGUAUCCAAAGUACCAUGCACCUGAAGUUUUCGCGCCAUUUAUAUUGGACGGAAAUCAUCUGUACUACGUGAAUGCGUUUGAAAAUGGGGCUAGCACCAUGGAGACGAGUGCCGUGGCUGCUGAGAACGUAGCAAGACUCAUCCUCUCCAGGUUUCUGACGAAGGGAUCUUCUUCGGGGACAAGAAGCUGCAGUUCUGGUCUCCACUCAGAUAUUUGAUGAGGUUAGGACACGCCCUAACAGGGACAAUGCCUGCAGGUACAGAAGCUCACAGCUAUGUUCCUGAUCGCUGAUAGUGAGUGGUUUACUUGACGAAGAAACGAUGCAAAACCCGCACCUGAUUUUCUGUGCUGAUGUUGUAUAAUAGACCCUUUUUUGGUGUUCUGAUUCUCAUUUGCGCACG